UUUAUUUAGGCCUUGUAUAUGAGGUUGCUUUCAUGGGUCCGGCUUGAUGUGUGUGCCGUUACAUUUCUCCCCGCCAACGAAACGAAACAACACACCGAAAGCACAAAACAAAAAAGAAACAGUAGAAAGAAAGAAAAGAUUUUCCCAAAAUCCAAUAUAUUUAUACAAAAAAGAACAAGCGUGAAACCCACUCUGCUCUAUUUUCACUGUGUCUGCUGCUGCACCACUACACCACUACACCACAACCCAAAGCAAAAAAUACAGAGAUAGAGGGAGAGGGAGGGAGAGAGAGAGAGAGAGAGAGAGAGAGAGAGAGAGAUGGGUGUGAGAUUGAUGGGCUUUUCUUUUGUAUAAUGAGCAGAGGAGUAAAACCUCUUCUUCUCGGAAGAAGAUUGCAAUGAAUCACAACCAACACCGAAACCCACAAAGCCAUUCACUUUUGCUGGAUGCUUUGCUCUGUGAGGAGGACAAAUGGGAGGAGCACGACGACGACCAAGGAGAAGUAGUGGAACAAGAAGUGAGUAGUGGUGAGAACUACAACAACGGCGUCAGUGGGAAAAACCCAAACUGCCCUUCUCUGUUUCCCAUGCUCCUGUUGGAACAAGAUCUGUUCUGGGAAGAUGAGGAGCUUGUCUUUGUUUUUUCGAAAGAGGAGCUGCAACAGACGCAUUUCGCCAAACACUUGGAGAGCUUGGGGAAAGAGGAGUCGUUGAUCUCCAUGGCUCGCCGUGAAGCGGUGCUGUGGAUGCUCAAAGUGAAUUCCCAUUACGGGUUCACAGCCCUCACUGCAAUCCUAGCAGUUAACUACUUUGAUCGGUUCAUCUCAAGCCUCCAUUUCCAGGGAGACAAGCCGUGGAUGGUCAAGCUUGUGGCCGUCACUUGCCUCUCUCUGGCUGCCAAAGUGGAAGAAACCCAAGUUCCUCUGCUUUUAGACCUUCAAGUGGAGGACACAAAGUACUUUUUCGAGGCGAAAACGAUUCAGAGAAUGGAGAUUCUGGUGCUCUCAACUCUCCAAUGGCGGAUGCAUCCAGUGACCCCACUUUCGUUUGUCGACCACAUCUUAAGGAGGCUCGGAUUGAAAACCCACCUCCAUUGGGUGUUCCUCAAGCGCUGCGAGCGUCUCCUUCUCUCUGUAGUCGCCGAUUCGAGAUUCGUCGGUUAUUUGCCUUCUGUGUUGGCCACUGCAACAAUGAUGUGCGUUAUAGACCAGGUCGAGCCUUGGAAUGCCAUUGAAUACCAGAACCAGCUUCUUGGUGUUCUCAAAAUAAGCAAGGAAAAAGUGAACGACUGUUACAGUCAGAUACUCGACUAUGAUUACGCUUGCAGCAACACCACAACCAUCGCCACCGCCGCCACCGCCGCCACCGACAAACGCAAGCACGAUCAAAUCCCGGGCAGCCCAAGUGGAGUGAUUGAUGCAUAUUUCAGCUACGAUGAAAUCUCAAACGACUCGUGGGCACUGGGAUCAUCGGUUUCUUCGUCCCCAGAAGUACAUUUCAAGAGGGCUAGAAAUGCUGAAGCAGAAGAGAAAGAGAUGAAAUUGGCUUCACUCAAUAGGCUCUUUGUGGGUAUUAUUAGUAGCCCACCUUAAUUAAUCUCAUUAAUUAAUUUGUCUUCCUUUUUAAAAACCCAACAAAAUAAAAAAUAAAAAAAAAAACAUGGUUAUCAUGGCAAUUUCAUUUUGGUGAAAAUCUGAAGUGCUGAGCUGCUGCCGCCGCCGCCUUAGAAAUGUAUUUCUCUGGUUUAAUCAUGGCGCUGUGGGGAUUAUUUACUAUUAUUUGAUGGCAAAUUACAGCAAAAAGGAGGGGCAAGAUUGGGAAUUUAAUUGAGAAUUACUCUUUACAUGAAGUCUGCUUCUUUGUAAAAUUUUAUGGAGCACUCAUAUAUGUUCUUCAUUGUAUCUCUCUUGGAACCAUUUGGACAUAUAAUAUUAAUAAAUAAAUUUAAACACCAAUUUUGUUCGCUUGUGUCA